ACGUCACGUAGGUUUGGGCGGACCCAGCGUUCCGUGGGGUCCAUGACGACCCGUGUAGAGGAGGAUAAGGGUACCGCCUAAAAACAGACGCUUUUAUUGGACACACAGUGUUGCUAGGCGCUGCAGGAUGUCCGUAACAGCGCAUCAGCACUGGAACCGAAGCUAACUAUGAACGCUAUAACAUAAAGAGGGAGGAAUCUUUAGGGAGGUGUCGGUGCCGUAUUAUCCGAGAUGAGGAGAGCAUUGCCGCAGUGAGCAAAUAAUCUCAUCAGCGGGCUGUGGAUUUCAUGUCCCUUACAGACGCUGACAUUUAUAAGAAGCAAGGGUACUCGGGUUUGAAGCUGCUAUGUGGUUGCUUAUGUCUGAGAGACCAUUCAUUAAAAUGUUCUUUCAAGGGACAGCUGCGCACUUUAUAGUUUUGUGACGGAUUAAACAACGGGACAACCUCUGUCAACUACACAGCAUGGUGCAUUCAUUCAUUGAGGAUCAUGCGAACGGCUGAAUGUCACAGAUGAGUGUCCAGCGAUUCACUGGUCAUGGAAAACCUGACUGGAUCCAACUCUGAGCAGCAGCCUGUGGGCUUCACAGUUCCGUCUGUCCCCUCAAAAAAGACUGUAAUUUAUGAAAAUGGCCAUGAACAUCCCACUCACACGGACCCCACAGCUGCAGCACACAGAGGGGCCAGCGAUCCAACCGCAUAUCCACUAUCAGAUUACAAACGUCUGGUCCGGCAAAGAUUCAUACGCAGAAGUUUGUGGUUCUCGGAGUCAGAGGAUCAAGAAUUCGAGGUUGCAGAGUGCGACAUCACCAGCAGUCCCGUUAAAAGUGCACAUAUCGCGGUCCAGAGGAGCUUUCACGCAGAUAGUCAAGUUGGACAGGGGGACGGUGUGAAUGAAAACUUGACCAAAGAGCCCGAAACAAGUGAGGCUGAGGAGAAACAAGAUGCUGAAUCAUCUGAAACAUCCAGGAGUGUGGGAAAAGCUGGGAGUGAUGAGAACGAGGAAGAGGCUGAAAUGAAGGCAGUGUCCACCUCUCCAAGUGGACGCUUUCUUAAGUUUGAUAUUGAGCUUGGAAGAGGGUCCUUCAAAACGGUCUAUAAGGGCCUGGACACUGAGACGUGGGUGGAGGUGGCCUGGUGUGAACUUCAGGAUCGUAAGCUGUCCAAAGCAGAACGUCAGAGGUUUAAAGAGGAGGCAGAGAUGCUAAAAGGCCUUCAGCAUCCAAACAUUGUGCGCUUCUAUGACUUCUGGGAGUCUCCUCUUAAAGGCAAGAAGUGCAUUGUUUUAGUCACUGAACUGAUGACGUCUGGAACACUGAAAACGUAUCUGAAGCGAUUCAAGGUGAUGAAACCAAAGGUUUUACGAAGCUGGUGCAGACAGAUCUUAAAAGGUCUUCACUUUCUCCAUACGAGGACACCUCCCAUCAUCCAUCGGGACCUGAAGUGUGACAACAUCUUCAUCACUGGUCCUACAGGCUCAGUCAAGAUUGGUGAUCUUGGCCUGGCCACUCUAAAGAGAGCUUCCUUUGCCAAAAGUGUAAUUGGCACUCCUGAGUUUAUGGCUCCUGAGAUGUAUGAGGAGCACUACGAUGAAGCCGUAGAUGUGUAUGCAUUUGGCAUGUGUAUGCUAGAAAUGGCCACAUCUGAGUAUCCAUACUCAGAGUGCCAAAAUGCAGCACAAAUCUAUCGCAAAGUCACUAGCGGUGUGAAGCCAGCCAGUUACAGUAAGGUGACCGUGCCUGAAAUAAAAGAAAUCAUUGGAGAGUGUAUCUGCCAUCGCUGGGAAGAAAGGUACUCCAUAAAGGACUUACUAAAUCAUGCAUUCUUUGCGGAGGACACUGGAGUAAGAGUAGAGCUGGCUGAAGAGGACGACGGCAAGAAGUCUUCCAUUGCUUUAAGGCUUUGGGUUGAAGACCAGAAGAAACUUAAAGGGAAGUAUAAAGACAGUGGUGCUAUCGAGUUCACCUUUGACCUGGACACAGAAGUCCCAGAAACAGUUGCCCAGGAAAUGGUGGAGUCUGGCUUCUUUUUAGAGAUUGAUGUGAAGAUUGUGGGUAAGUCUAUCCGUGACCGUGUGUCUUUAAUAAAGUGGAGACGACAGCGUAACGCAUCAGGUCGUAAUGGAAAGACAGAAGAGAGAAGCACCAAGACACAGAAUCUCCUUCAGGUGCCCUCCACAGGGCCACCAGUUGCUGGACCACCCAGUCUUCCAUCUGAACCAGAGGAACUACAGACUGAAGCAGUCAGUCUGGUCUGCAGUGCCCCAACCAGUGCGACUACAGCUACACCAGACAGCAGUGCAGGCUCAACAAUGGUUACAGGCACUUCGGGCAACCAAGACAGCACCUCCCUCUCUGAGUCCAUUUCCACUGCCCAAAGGGUCUUAAGCCCUCCAGCACAGCAUCUGGCUCAGUUGCCAGAAAGUGCCCAACAGCCAUCUACUGCACACCUGCCCCUGGGAACUCAACAACAGUCUGCUCUACAAAUGCCCCAAGGUGUCCCACAACAAACUAUAGGUCAAUUACUCCACGGGACUCAGCAACAACCUAGUCCUCAACAACCCCAAGGAGCCCAACAACAGCCUAGUGCUCCCCUGCACCAGGCUGUACAAGCACAGGCCCACGGUUUGGUGCCACAAGCACCCCAGCAACAACCCACCGUUCAGUUGCACCAGCAAUAUCAACAGUCAACUCAUCAGCUACAUCAAGGGGCUUUUCAACAAUCUUCGGUACACCUGCAUCAGAGCGCCUACCAGCAAUCACCUCGACAUGGCAGUAUUUCUGGUGACUCCCAGAGACCUUUGAUAUUCUCCGAUAACUUGACGGCGACCAGGCGUUGCAGCACUUCAUUUCUCGACAUAUUACAGAGGAGAACUGACCUACAGAAUUUGUUAGAGUGCCUGCAUCAUCAGGCUUAUAGCUGUCCCAGACCUGAAGCAAGUUCUAGGGAUGAAAUGGAUCAGUCGCUGUCUACAAGUGCCUUCAUAGGGUCUUCAUCAUUCACAAAUGAUGAUCAGGCACCAAAUAAUGUUUCUGAAGACACUGGAACCUGUAAAUAUAGUUCAGAGCAGGUGAAAAUAAAUUCUCAGUCAUUCAGUAGAAGGAACUCUGAUGUCUAUCCACGUUACUGCCAAGCUUGCAUGGCACUGUUGCAAGCUGCAAGGCCAGGGGGUCGAGGGGGUCAAGGGUCUCUCGGUCAUGCCUCUUCACCCUCUUCCUCCUCUAUCCACCAAAACAUGCCAUCCCUUUCCCUAUUGAAACCAUCAUUCCCAUCUAAUCUGGCUCAUCAAGACUCCAACUCACCAAUUUAUAAGACCCCACAGUCUCCAAAUAUAUCUACACUGCCUCCAAAGCAAGUUUCUGUUCUUAAGAACAUGCCAAGUUCAAUACCAGUUCAAGUCACCCCACCUUCUCCAGUGCAUAAAAGCCAUUCUCCUGCACAGAUUCCUGUCACAACUCUUCCUAACAGCAUGUCAACUCUAAGUCAUUCCACUGUGUUUACUCCUGUCUAUGUAUCUAUACCUUCACCGGUCCACACAUCUUCUAGGCACAUGUCCAUGUCAUCACCAGUUGAUCCACCAUCCCCACUCAGGUCAUCCUCUCCAGUGUCACCCAUCUCCUCAAUUGGUCCACAUUCUCCUAGUUUGGGAGACAGCUCAGAUUUGUCUCACCUCCAUCGCUGUCUACAUCACAUCAUCAAUCGGCGUACCAGUUCCCCUGUGCUGAUUGACAAGGCACAGCCUGGAGAUGCCCACGGUGAUGCUAGAGUUAACAGGUUCCUUGUACCUCAGGUCCAAAGCGUAAGCUCUUUGUGCGUACCACUAUCCCAUCAGGAAACAGGGUCUUUUUCUGUGCAGGACAGUGAAGCUGGAGCAGGUUUUGUGCCUUCCGCACAAUUGGUUCCAUCUAAGACCGUCUCUGCUCCAGCGACUCCUGUACCACAUGCUCGUCCCCAGAGCAUUCCUGCCUCUGCCCUCAUAGCACAGCAAAACCAGACAACUGUACCACUAGCACAGGAGUUUCAUCUCUAUUUCCAUCCUGAAGCUUUCCCGCCUCAGAUUUUAUCAACAUUUCAGCCCCUAGUGCAAACAUCUUCAGAUGCUCAGUCCAUUCCACCACAUUUGUUACAGUCAGUUUCGUCAAUGCUCAGCACCGCUUCCGUUCCUCCACAACCACAGCUAAAUGUUCAGACGCCGCUUCUCCAGCCUCUACAAAUUGCCACACAGUUUCCUUCGGCAUAUCCUCUAUUGCCAGAAGGGGGCACUUCUGCAGGGACAGAGUCAAUACCGUUCUCCUCAGUCUCUUACUCUUCUCCCUACCCCACAAAUGUUCCUCCCGUAUCUUCCCCCUACUACUCACCAAGCCCUAUCACUGCUCCUCUUCCCAUACUACCAAUGCAGAACGUACCUUGCAUGCUAGGAACAGGCACACCUGUGUCCACCCCUCUGAAUGUACCUACCCCUGUACCUCUCCUGGCUAUGGCCCUGUCCCCACCAAUGCUUCCUUCUGAGGAACAUCUGCAGCAGAUGUACUCCCCAGUUCCACCACCAGAAGGUGCCUUUUUCCACUCUCAGCCCAAACCAACACAGCCCUCCCUUCCCCUCCCUAAUCCAACCUCCCUCCUCCAGCAAGACCCAUCUAUUCCUGAAUCUUUUACUGAGGAGUACCCUCGACAUGAGGCUCACACUAUUAUGUCGCAGAUCCAGUCUCCUCCGCAGGACAGGCAGUCAGAGCCAAAGUUUACCCCUGUCCAAGUCCUACCUGAGAACGUGGAGCCUCCUCUGCAGCCUGCUGGCAUACAGACAGUAUAUGCUGUUCCUGAGAGUACUGGCAUGCCCAGUACAACUCAGCAAAUGGCAGACACUGCUUCAAUGCCUAUUGCUCCUGCUCCAGAGCCCAGCCCAUUUCAACCCAGCACUGAGGCGCCUGUAUCUAUUCCAUUCCAUAGUUAUGUAUACGACAGCCUAAACCAAGAUGCAGGAUCUGGUAAAGAAAUGAGUGACAGCUAUGAGGGACCCAUUGGUGGAGGAAAGGGUGAUGGCAAACCCAGAAAGCACCACCGCAAAUCAGCUCGCACACGCUCACGCCAGGAAAAAAUUAACAAGCCAAAGCUAAGCAUGCUAAAUGUUAGUAAUACAGGUGACAAGAUGGUGGAAUGCCAGCUGGAGACACACAAUCAUAAAAUGGUGACUUUCAAAUUUGACCUAGAUGGAGACGCACCUGAAGAAAUAGCCACUUAUAUGGUGGAAAAUGGUUUCAUUCUACCAAUAGAAAAGGAGAUUUUCAUAGAUCAACUUAAGGAUAUUGUCGACAAGGCAGAGGACAUUCUAAGCGAAGACAUGGAUGGAGAGAAGACAUCAGAACAUGGGACAAGUCAAUUGCAAGGACAAACUCCUAGAGAACAAGGAGGAGAGCCUCCUGCAACUCUCCAGGGAAUUAAAGGACAGCAACCUGGAGCCCCCCAGCCAGUUUAUCAGCAAAAUGUUCUGCACACGGGUAAGAGGUGGUUCAUCAUCUGCCCUGUGGAAGAAGCUCCUGCUGCCUGUCAGGAUGUAUCGUCAGAUGGAGGUCCAUCCACUCAAUCUCCAUCCACAACGACAAUAACUGAUACGACAGCUCAGCCUGGUGAGAGUGCAUCAGCCCAGCCACCAGAACCUAGCACAGGAUCUGCUUCUGCAUCAAUGGAUUCAGAAGCCUGUGCCACAGCGCCUCCAUCUGGAGGAAGUGAUCCUUACGGGGUUUGGAGCCCCUUAUCUAUGACCACUACUGAUCCUCUGUCUUUGACUGCUCUUUCCCAAGCUCCCCCUGCCCCGCAAGCCGCUGCGAUGCCAGUGCAGCCUGUUUCCCAUCCAGAGGACGUGCCACAGGUCAGUGUGCAACAAUCCCAGCCAUGCAUGGAUCCUCAAAGCUCUCUUUUUGUGGACGAGACCCAAAGUGGCAGAUUAGGCGCAGUUUCCCCCAUGCACACCGCUCAGCAGAUGGCUGAAAUGGCAUGUGCUGUCUCCAUGGUGGAGGAUGUGCCCUGCUGCCCCUUGGUCAUGCCACUGUCCCUUGAAGUGAGCAGCGGGACUCAGAGGUCAUCUUCUGUGAUGCCACCACCAUUACAAGACACUACGUCUGCUCGUGAACAACUCCACUCCAUUACAUCGAGUCGAGCAGAACGUACACAGCAGCCUGUGGUGCUGCAGCAGCCUGUGUCGACUGUGAGUGGAACUAAGCCACCGUCCCUGCCUCAAAGUCCCGCUCCUUCACAGCACCACUUUGUCCCUAGUGAAUCAGAUGGAGAGGGCCGUACCAGAGGAGGGUUUGUAGACAGCACUAUCAAGACUCUGGACGAGAAACUGAGGAAUUUGCUGUAUCAAGAGUAUGCUCCCAUGUACCCAUCGGGAAGUGCUGCUGAAACUCCAGGAUCUGGCACAGAGUAUAUACAAUCCCCACCUGGACCAGAGAGUGCAGUGGGAGGGUCAGGAACCAGCACACCUAGUCUUAUGGGAGAGGGACGAUUCAGAGCAGGAGAGCAGCUGCCACAGAUUCCAGAACGUGUGGAUAGUUUAAGUGCUCUCAGUGACUCUGCAGUUGGAGUUACUGUGUCAAGGAGACAUGUGAUGCCACACUCUACCUCUUGCUCUGGAUCUAGAAGUCGAUAUAAGAUGGUGCCUAGCUCCACUGACAUCCUGUCAGGUCAAGGUCGAAAGCAGCGUAGCCUGAGCAGCACUGCAUCUCCAGCACACCCUGGUGGCUUUUUGGGAGAAUGUGCCAUGUAUGAAGAGCCGACUGUUUCGGCUACUACUGUCGGCAGAUUCUCAGUGGUCAGCACAGAAGACGAGGUCACGCGCAGAAAACACAGCAGCAGAUAUUCUGCCCCACCUGACUUCUAUCUGGACGCCCCACCUCCUCUGACAAAACGAGGCUCGCUGCCAAGGGCACAGACCUCAGUCUCAGCGGAUGUCACCGUUCACACCCGUUUCAUGUCUUCUGACUCUGGGGCCGAGAGCAGCCCUGCCAAAAUGGCACCCACAACCCCAUCCCGCCACGGUAGGUCAGAAAGGAGAGGAAGUGACCUCAUGAAAAGAGCGGUGGCUUUUCUUAAGCGUUCCGGCCGCAGUAGUAGUGUGCAAAGCUCUGAUUCGCCAAGCAGAAAAGGAGGGGUGUACGGAUCCUAUGUCAGCAGUGACAAUGACUCGGAGAUGGAGGACUCAGAUAUAAAGAAGGAGCUUCAUAGACUAAGAGAAAAGCAUAUGAAGGAAAUAACCGAAUUGGAGGCCCACCACCGAGAAGAGAUUGAGCUUCUCUACAUCAGAUUAGGGAAACCACCUCCUCCAGGUCUUUCUAUCCCUCCCACAGCGCCCCCUGCUGGACGCAAGCGCAGGACCAGCAGACACAAGCUAAAAGCUGGCAAACUGCUCAGUCCUCUAGUACAACAGCUGAGAAAUGUUGCCUCUAAAACUAGUGACAGCAGCAAACCUAGUGAUUUAACAAAAUCAGCUGAGCCUGUCCCAAGCUUAAAUGGGUCUCCUGCUAGGGCUUCCAACUUGUCCGAUGGCAAGGCUUAUUCUGGGACUGGGACUUUACCUUGUUCUGUGUCUGUUCCGGUUCAGACCCAACAGCCCUGUUCUCUCAAAGGAUCUCUCUCCUCCGACAACAUCUACUCUGGUCUCCAGGGAGAAGGACUUGGGCCACGCAGCCAGCCUGGCCAAGGCUGGCCUCCUUCUCCCCAGGCGUCUGCGCAGGUCACCUAUAAAUCCAGUAGUAAACCACGCGCUAGAUUCCUCAGUGGGCCUGUUUCUCUGUCCAUCUGGUCAACACUUAAACGCCUGUGUCUGGGUAAAGAACGUGGCAGCAGAUCUGGAACACCUUCAGCUGCCUCUAAUCCGUCCCCAAUGCCUCCCGGAUCCACUCCCCCUCCUCACCAGCCAAUUGGUCUCGCCCAAGCACAGACUAACAACAGCAACAACAAGACGGAUGCUUUCACACAGCAGCUUCAUAGACAGGUGGAUAACUGGGCAAAAGGGGUGAGGGCCCCUUCACGCUCACGCUCCCUCAGUCUAAGACCACAGCAACUGACCAGAUCCAGGAUCUGGAGCGCUAUAGAGGUUCCAGGUUCAAUAGAAAGAUUGAAUGCUUCCCAGCUGCAUCUUUCAUGGCCACGGAUUGAUUUCCAUUCCUCUGUAAUGGCGACUGACACUUCACAAAUACUCCAGCGCAGUUUUAUGGUGCCUGGUAACCCUUAUGGAAAGAUGUUGACCACCCCACACUUAGACCACUGGACGGCAAUGAGUGCCACUCCUAACCAAGAAGUCUUUGCUUUCUCUGCUGUGCACUUGCCCUCAUGGACAGCACCUUCUUCCCCCAGCGAGGUUCCUAGUUCUAGAAAUAGGACCAUGUAGCUUUACCAUCACUGUACUUACAAUUCUUACUCUGUCGCCAAAAAUACUUUAGAGUUUCUUUAGAGUGCAGGUUAGGCCUGUUAGUGUGCAAUUCUAUCUGUUGCAGUUGCUAGCAUGUAGUUGCUUACAGUGUAGUAAUAUCACAUGAACAUGUAAAUAUUCAAACCAACAAUGUAGACAUAUCAUCUCAGUAUUAUUGUACAUAUUCAUAUAGCCUAUGUAGAAUAACUGAAUUUUAGCAUAGGCGUAUGUACAGAAUGUAUAUUUUUCAUCGAAAUCUAUUUAGCUUGCUUGUGUUUGUGCAGAAUCACCUUGAACUGUACACAUAUGUAAAUGCUAUAAGGUACAGUAAUAUGCCCUUAAAUUUGUGUAUAGACACUGUUUAUACUUCUGUAAAUAUAAGCUCUGUCUGCAUAUGUGCUUAAACUGGACAACUGAAUGAAAGACCGAGGUUUAGGUCAAACAGUGUUUUGGAGUUUGAAGCGAUGAUCACGAUCAUGACAUCACUGUGAAUUUUUCACCGCGUCCCACAGCGUUCACUAAUUUCGCACUAGUCUCAAAACACAUUAUCGCAUGCUAGAAAAGUAACUACAAAAAUUGCACUGAGAAACGAGAGACUGUACGUUCCAGGUGAACAAGCCUGCAGGAGUGCCUUGAACAGCAGCUUAAGACUGUGCUACGUACAUUACCAGCCAGUGUACCGAGAGUAAUGGUGACUGCUAUUAAUUUUCUGUUAUUAAGCAUAAUACUUAUGAACUAAAUAUGAACUACAUAUGAACUAAAUUCAUGUUUUUUUUUUCCCACCUCUCCUUUAUGGAUGUUUAUAAAAUGCAUUUCGACACCUACUGAUGGUAUAAUUCAGUUAUGAGUGACAUUUUGUUUUGAAGGUGUGUGCAUUCAUUUUGUCAUUUUCUACAUCAUCCAAUACUGUAAAACAAAUAUCACAUUGACCUAAAGCAAAAAGGAGAGCAAGAUUUGUUUUCAAAGUUGUAAUGACAAAUUUUACAAUAAUGAAAAGAUGAGCUGAAUGAUCUCUGCUGGUGUGGUCAUGUUUGCAGUUACAGCACAGUCUCAUAGCACAAUGCCAUCAUUUAGAUCUCAAUGCUACUGUUUUUAUUAAUAAUGAUAACACUGGAGUUUCCUGGUGGAGCACCAGAGAGUGUUGACACAGACUGAUGCUUUGCAACUUACAGUAUAAAAGACCAUGUCUACCCUAAACUAACUAUUAACAACUAAAUUUGGGUUUUGAAAUAUGGUAUUAGUAAACAAACAUCUGUAGAUGUUUUCUUAUUCUCUAACUUAUAGUUCUGGCAAGUUCUAUGUUAUUAUAAAAUAAAAUAUAUGUUUAAACACACAAAUGUGGAAUGCAACAGGAUGAGGAUGACUUUUAAUGAACCUCUUUUUCAAACGGCAUUAUAUAUUUAGACAUAAGUGACAUUAGAUCUAAUCUUGCACUAAGCAGAAGUAUAGACAGGUUAUUAUUUUUUGUCAUGGUUAAUGGUGCUAUAAUGUAUGGGAGUCUUUACCUCUCUUAUGAUACAGCAAAUCUUGUUUCAGUUUAUUUUCUAUUAUUUUUGUAUUUCACCAAUGCAGAAGAUUAAUCAGAUAUACUGAAAUAAUAUUACAUGGGCUAUUAAUAUUUGGGUCAUAAAACAUGAUGGCGUUUGAUUUAGCUAGCUUUUUUUAAUUGCAUUAAGCAAAUAAGACUGGACUAUAACAGUGCUUGCAUUAUUACUAAGCUUGUUUACUUUCUGUACGGCUAUAUAGACUGAAAUAUGAGGCGGCCUGUCUUAAAUCUGAGCCACUUGACGUUUAUCUUCAGAAAAAGUUCAUUAGCCUACGCUACGUUACAAUCUUCGAAAGAAAUGCAUUUGGUUACACAUUUUCAGAAAUGUCUGCUUUGUACAAACAAAUAAAUAAUAGGCAAUGUGAAGAUGUAAUGCUUCAUAUCAUGAGAAAAAGUAUUGCAGAACUUUUCCAUACCACUAUUUCGAAAGAUUAAAGGUACAAUCAGCAUU